AUGGUUAAACCUGUGAUAUUUGUGUUAGCGUUAGCUUUAUGCAGUGUUCACUGUAAGGUCAUUUUAAAAAAAGAUAUUUUGCCAGACAUAUCGAGCAAUUUAAUUAACAAGGUUGAUCCUAAAGCUAUUUCCGCCCUUCAAUUAGAGUUACCAGUAUACAAAGAUAUUAUAGUUAAUAGCAAUGUGUCCGAAAAAACAGAGAAAGAACCAAGAAAAAGAACUAACGCGACUUCAACAAUUAAUGAAACUCCAAAAAUAUGUCAAAAUAAUUCAGAUAAUAUAUCUGAGAAUUUAAUAAAUUCAGAUGAAAUUGUACCAUGUGAAAUUCCUAAAGUCGAUAAUGGAACAGCUCUGAUUUUAACCCCUUAUAUUGAAAAUGGAAAAAUCGAAGAAGCACGUCUAGCUUCCAGAGUGAACUCAGACAUCUUUUUUGGAAUAGAAAGUUAUUCAGGAUUUUUAACAGUGAACAAAGAAUACGAUUCCAAUAUGUUCUUUUGGUAUUUUCCCGUUUUAAAUAAAGCUGUAAAUGAAACUCCUUGGAUAGUUUGGUUGCAAGGAGGGCCGGGCGCAUCAAGUAUGACAGGGCUGUUCGAUGAAAUAGGGCCGUUCAAAGUAAGCCCAGGAGGAACUUUGAAAAUAAAUCCCUAUACGUGGUUGCAGAAUCAUUCUUUGAUUUUUAUUGACAAUCCAGUAGGUACUGGUUUUAGUUUUACAAAGCACAAUGAUGGGUUCUCAAAGGACAUGGAUUCGUAUGGCAGCAAUUUAUACAAAACAAUACACCAAUUUCUAAAGAUAUUCCCAGAAUUGAAAUCGGCACCGCUUUACAUAGCAGGCGAGUCGUAUGCUGGAAAAUAUGUUCCAGCAAUGGCUAUGCACAUUCAUAAUCAUAAAAAUACAUAUGACUCCGAUAUUAAUUUACAGGGUGUAAUCGUUGGAAAUCCAUAUAUAGACCCAUCAAUGAUAUCGGAUAUAACGCGAUCUUUCUACAACUUUGGUCUUUUGAAUAAAGAACAAAUUAAAAUAGUAGAACCAUUAUUAAAAUCUUUUCAUCAAGACAUAGCUACAAAAAACAGUGUAGGGGCAAAAGAUAAAUGGACCAGUUUGAUCACAGUACUAUUAUUUUUGACGCAUCAAAAACAAGCAUAUAAUUUCCUUAAAGACGAGCUUCUCGUGGGUCGUUAUGUUAAUUUUCUUAAAAGCUCAGAAGUAAAGAGGGCUAUACACGUAGGAGACAUAAACUUCUCGUAUCUUAACAUAACAGCCAACACUAAAAUGGCGGACGAUUUUUUGAGCAGUGCAAAACCUUAUUAUGAAAAAUUAUUAGAUGAACAGUACAAGGUUCUAGCUUAUUGCGGACAAUUAGACCAAAUGUUGCCUUGCGUGCAUACAUUUGAACAGUACCGGACGUGGAAAUGGAACGGUUCUUCUGAAUUCCUGGAAGCCACGAGAUAUCCUUACAUUUUUAAUGCAAGACUUGCUGGAUACCAUAAAACAGGGGGUCGUCUCACUGAAGUAGUCAUCCGUGGCGCGGGCCACAUAGUGCCCAUGGACGAGCCCGCUCCAACUCAGACCCUUGUCGCGCGCUGGACUCACAACAAACCACUUAGCCGACGCUUCGGAGUGCUAGAAGGAUCGUAUUUGCAAGAAUUUGUUAGAAAUCACUCCAUGAUAUAUUUG